AUGGACCCAAUAUUAGCCCCAGACGAAGAAAAGAAGGAACGCUAUCCUAUUAUUAAUAAUCCCGGAGAAAAUACUGAGAAGUUGAGGGCAUCGGCUGAAUGGAGUAAACAGAAGGAAGUUGAAUUGAACCAAACAAUGAUGGAAAGCAAGCCUAAUAAAUACAAGAACACUUCAUCAGACAAAAACUUACCUAAUAAAUACAAGCACACUUUAUCAGACAAAAACUUGUCAACAUACUGGUUUCGAGCCAGUGAAUUCCCUCUAUCCAGUAUUGAUUCCACGUUCUUCACUCACUUAUUCUGCGCUUUCGCCAAUCUUGAUUCUAACUCCAACCAACUUGUUAUAUUCCCACAAGACCAAGAUUCCUUCUCCAAGUUCAAAAAAACUGUUCAGCAAAGGAACCCUUCAGUCAAAAGUUUGAUCUCCAUUGGGGGUGGAAAUGCUGACAAAUCUGCUUAUGCUUCCAUGGCUAGCCAGGCUAGGAAGCAUAGCACUCAAAUGACCAAUUUCAGAAUCCUCAUUGAUGAGUGGUGUGUAGCAGUUGCAGCCGAGGCUAGGAGCUCAGGUAGAGAGGCUCUGCUUUUGACAGCAACGGUCUCCUUUGGACUGAAAGUUAACGGAUGGUUGAGAUAUCCUUAUUCAUCAAUAACCAAAAGUUUAGACUGGAUUAAUGUUAUAUCCUAUGACUUUUAUGAUCCUAAACGGGCCAAUGACGGAGCACAAACACGCGAACAUGCUGCCCUAUAUGACCCUGAUAAUUCAAUAAGUGGAAGAAAUGGAAUAAGGGAUUGGAUCCAAAUAGCUGGAGUGAAUUUGAAUAAGAUUGUUAUUGGGAUACCCUAUUAUGGGUAUGGUUCGAAACUUGUAAACCCUAAUAUUCACGGGCUUUUAGACCCGACAGAUGGCCCGUUUAGGAGUGGCGAAUCAUCAAUUGGGUACAACCAAAUCAGGGAUUUUAUCACACAAAAUAGAGCAUCCUCUGUUUUUAAUGCCACGAUCAUAGCGAAUUAUACUUAUACGGGUACCACAUGGAUCGGUUACGAUAGUACUCAAAGUUUCCAAGCCAAGGUCGCUUAUGCUAAGAGUAAAGCAUUGCGCGGUUACUUUGCGUGGCACAUUGGUGCGGAUUACAACUGGGAGCUUUCCAAAACCGCUUCACAAUCAUUUAGAAACAUGGAGAAUGGAGAUGAUGAAUAUAUGAAGGAAGAGUAA